AUAACAUAAGCCCUCCGAAACUAGCGCCGCAACACCAUGUGUCCGCUCCCAAAUGACCGCCACGUAGCGCCACCCAAUCACACGUGUAUCCCCCAAGUGGCACCGGCGAUUUUAAAACCAUGCCAGUCAAACUCCACCCCACUACGUGGCGGCGAAAGGCCACCCCCACGUUCGGUCCUCCGCCCCCACCACCGUCCAUAAAAACUUCCAAACUCAGAGGAACCAACGCAUAUCACGAAGAAUAAUAAUGGUGAGGCCCAAAGCCGCGAGCGCCGAGCGGAGGAACGCCGGCGGGAAGUUCAAGGGCGUGCGGAUGCGAAAAUGGGGGAAAUGGGUGGCGGAGGUGCGCCAGCCCAACAGCCGCGACAGGAUUUGGCUGGGCUCCUACGACACGGCGGAGGAGGCCGCGAGGGCCUACGACGCCGCCGCGCUCUCCCUCCGCGGCCAGACCGCGAAGCUCAACUUCCCCGACGAUCCUCCCAGGCUUCAGCAGGGCGUUAGUCUGACGCCGGCGGAGAUUCAGGUCGCCGCGUCCAGACACGCGCGCAGUAACUUGGCGGCGGAGACCAAACAACCCGCCGUUGAAAAUAUCUUCUUCCCGCCGUCCGUGCUGCCGGAAGUUGGCGGUUCUUCAUUUUGUGACCAGUUUUCAGCCGAAGCUUGUUAUGAAGAUCAUCAUAGUGGAGCAGCCAUGGCGGCCAUCCCAAAUGCAGCACUAUCUCUAGAUUCUUCUCGCAUCGUCUGGAAUCUCUGAAUUGAAUUCGAAGAUUCCAACAAAUAAAAAAAAAAAAAAAACAUCAUUAGAAGUUAAUUAGUUACAUAGUUAUAUCAACUGUCCACAGAACCCACUACACCAUUUGGUAUUGUUUGGUGAUUUUAACAUACUACUAGCGAAUAAUUAGCUACACAUACCAAAAUUUAGGUUGCCUAAUUUAAAUAUUACAAAUAAAAUGAUUGAAUUAAUUUU